AUGUGUCAAAUCUGUGGUAUCAAGCUGGCCGCUGCGCAAGCACUCGAAGCAUCUCACGACGAGUACGCCAAGAACGAAGCAGCCAGUACCAACCGCGAAAGCAUCCCAGAAGCACUGCUGGAGAUUCUACGUCUGCUGGCGGCCGCUGUCGAGUCACUCGAGACAGAUCGGGCGAAAUGGUGGGCGACACCAGAGAAACGCGAGCUCCGUCGACGUCUUGAGGCCGACUGCGGUCAGAAGCCUUUGACGGAGCUCCACAAGAUCAACAAUACGACUAUCGAGCGGAUCGAGACGAUGCAGGCGAAGCUGGGUAGAUUCCUGAAGUGGAGUUUAGGCAUGGACGGAGGAGCUUGUGGAGAGUGGAAAGGUGGUGGCGAAGGCGAAGAUGGCGCUCUCAUAGAUGCUUCGGGCUAUCACCCAGCGAGGUCGCUCGAGGACGAGAGCUUCUGCGGACUCUGUGAUAGUAAGCGAGCACGCGAGCCUGCAGGCGGUCGUCCAAGCUGCGAGUAG